AUUUAAUGGAAACCAUGAACUGGCGAUUUGAUGAGAUGGCGCGCACGGUUCUCGCUCGCCUGCCACCACCGCGGCAACGCGAUCAGGCGCAACAGCACGAACGCGAGCGGCCUGAAGGAGAGGAUCGGCGGCGCGAGGAGCAUGAGCGCGAGGACGACCUCGAUCGACAGUCCCAGGCAUCCACAUACCGCGAUCAGCGUGCAUCCGAUAAACCGCGCAUCACGUUGUCCACAUUCACAGGUAGUGAUCCAGACUCAUGGCUCAAUAGGGCGACACAAUAUUUUGAGCUCAAUGAAACCGAUGGUACAGAUCGCAUCAGGUAUGCUGCUUAUUAUCUCGAUGGUGAGGCCAAUGUAUGGUGGCAAUGGCUCACAAGGAUUUAUCACAAGCGACAACAAAUUAUCACUUGGGAUGCUUUUGAAAGAGAGUUGCUUACACGGUUCGGUACGUCUGCUUAUCAUAACUACAAUGAGGCUCUUACGCGCAUACGGCAAACGGGCAGUCUACGCGAAUACAUCAGGGAGUUCGAACGAUUAGCUUGCCGCGUGCGCGACUGGCCGGAAGAUGCAUUAGUCGUCGCGUUUAUAGGCGGGUUGAAAUUUGACUUGGCUGCUGAGGUUCGGCUCGAGAGGCCCGACACCAUGCAUGACGCGAUGGAAGUGGCCCGACGACGAGAAGACCACUUGGUUGCAACACGAAGGGGACGGACGGACACCCGGAUUCCUGAUACACGUCGCACGGGUCCAAGCCAAUUACCCGCGAGCGCGCGGCCUGCUUUCAAUACGCGGCCAGCAGGGUCAUUAGUCCGACGACUGUCGCCAGAGGAAGUCAAGCGACGACGUGAGAAGGGUCUUUGUUUUAAGUGCGAGGAGAAGUUUACCCCGGGGCAUCAGUGCAAGCAAGCCUUUGUAAUUGAGGUGGCCAACCCGGACGACAAGGAGGUUGAGGUCGAGGAGGAACCGCCUCAGGAGGACGAGAUUGAGGCCUUCAAUGAGGAGCCCGAAAUUUCGAUGCAUGCAAUGGCAGGAAUCAGAGGACCAAGGACAAUGCGACUAACAGCAUGGGUCAAAGAUCGGAGAGUAAUGGUGCUCGUCGACAAUGGAUCGUCGCAUAAUUUCAUCAAUGCUGACUUAUCUCAAAAGAUGAAAUUACCAACCACGAAGAUCGAGCCAUUUGAGGUACGGGUAGCCAAUGGAGAGAGGUUGCAAUGCACUGAAUCUUUUCGAAAGGUGCCAAUCAAGUUCCAAGGAGUCACGGUAAAAGCUGAUCUGUAUGCUUUACCCCUAGUUGGGCCAGACAUAGUACUGGGAGUUCAGUGGCUCGAGGGACUAGGCAAGGUGACGACCGACUAUCGAACAGGAAUUAUGGAGUACAACUCCGAAGGUCGUCAGGUCACCCUCAACACCGGCAAUGAAAAAGGAACUAAGGAAGUAGGGUUGACAAGCAUCGAGAGA